AAAAUGCUCCGUACAAAAAGAGUCUCCAAAUCACCAUACGCUAGACCCGGACGUGCCCAAGCUGCCGCCAAAAAGGCGAAAAUCUCUAAUACUACGACGAGACGGACCCAGGUCACAUCCGCACCCACAGUACCAGUCAUAUCAACUCAGCAUGACAUCCAGGAAAACCACACUCCCCAAACUUUAGUGUUGACAGCACCAGCUUCAUCGGCCCAAACGUCAGCGUUGACAGCACCAGCUCUAUCAACCCAAACUCCAGAGAUGACAGCACCAGCUACGUCAAUAAUGGCAGCAUCUGACCCCUCAGUCUUCUCUGCAGUGCCACAUCGACCAUCGUCAUGGCUUUAG